CGCAAAGCUUUAAGACCCGCUUCUCUCAGGUGAGAGACUUUCUCUGCAUCUGUCGUUGGGCAUCCCAAUUGAGCAACGGUCAUGUUGCCGCUCAAAUCUAUGACAUGGGUUCUGCUGCUCCUGCUGCUCUCUCCCGCCAUCAUAAACUUAUCGACCUCGCAAUCUGAUGCUCGUUGGGCAGCUAAGAAGAGACGCCUCCGAGAUAAAGUCCACAAAAUGUUUUACCAUGCAUAUGACAACUACAUGAUCCAUGCAUUUCCGCAUGAUGAGCUAAAGCCUCUCAGUAAAAGUUUCACGGACUCUCUUAGUGAGCUUGGAAAUCUGAAGCUUGAACGCCUACCUCAAGACUAUAGUGGAUCUGCUCUUACACUUAUAGAAUCAUUGUCCAGCCUUGUCAUUAUGGGUAACAACACUGAAUUUCAAAGCGCAGUCGUUUGGCUUUCUGAAAAUUUAACGUUCAAUGUCGAUGCGAGGGUAAAUCUUUUUGAGUGCAACAUAAGAGUGCUUGGAGGACUUGUUUCUGCUCACCUACUUGCGACUGAUUCCACGGACAGGUUGGGUAAAGGAGUUUACAAAAAUCAGCUGCUUACUUUGGCCGAGGAUUUGGGGAAACGCUUUCUACCUGCAUUUGACACACCCACUGGGUUGCCAUUUGCAUGGGUUAACUUAAAGUAUGGAGUGAUGGAGAAUGAGACUACUGAAACAAGCACUUCAGGGUGUGGUUCUCUAAUUCUGGAAAUGGGAGCAUUAUCCCGAUUGACUGGAGACCCCAAAUAUGAAUCUGCAGCUUUACGUGCUCUUCGUAAAUUAUGGAGCAUGCGGAGUUCGUUGAAUUUACUUGGUACAACACUGGAUGUAUCAACUGGGGAAUGGAUUGAGUAUUCAACUGGGAUUGGGGCUGGGGUUGAUUCAUUUUAUGAGUAUCUAUUUAAGGCCCACAUUCUUUUUGGAAAGGAGGAGUUCUGGAGAAUGUUUCAUUCUGCUUAUAUUGCUGUGCAGAAAUAUUUCAGACAUGGUCCAUGGUACCAUGAAGCUGAUAUGAGGACAGGAAAAGCAACUUAUUGGCAGCUGACAAGCCUUCAGGCAUUUUGGCCUGGCCUACAGGUUCUUGUUGGUGAUAUUGCAGCUGCAAAUUCAUCGCACCGUGAGUUCGUCUAUGUAUGGAAAAAGUAUGGAGUACUACCAGAGAGAUAUUUGUUGGACCAUCAAAUGUUGCAUCCCACAGAAAAAUAUUAUCCCCUGCGCCCUGAAUUGGCAGAAUCAACAUUCUACUUGUAUCAAGCAACCAAAGAUCCGUGGUACAUAGAAGUGGGAGAAUCAAUUGUAAAUUCUCUGAACUUAUACACAAAAGUGGAUGGAGGUUUUGCUAGCAUUAGAGAUGUCACAACUAUGCAGUUGGAAGAUCAUCAGCAUAGUUUCUUCCUUGCUGAAACGUGCAAGUAUCUAUUUCUUCUGUUCGAUGAUUCUUUUUUGGUUGAAAAAAAUUAUAUUUUCACAACUGAGGGUCACCCCCUUCCAGUGUUAAGCAGUUGGCAUGACAGACUUCCAGAGACCUACAUCCAGACUAACCGGACUCUUCUCAAGACGGGAAACCAAGCACGACGGACGAGUUCAAUGUCAAAGCAAGUCUGUCCUCCUACAACAUUGAAUUCAUGGGAAUGUAGCGGCCAACAAGUUGAGAGUGCUUGCCAUGUCCCUGAUGCUCGUAGUGACCACAGGUGUUUAACAGACGAUGAAUGUGGAGUUGACUCGAGUAAUUGUAGACGAAGAUCGUGUAGCAUGGCAGGCUACUGCGGGCUAUGGUUGUUCAUAUGAUUCCCUGGUAAAAAAAAUAAUUGUAAUUCUGUAACUGGAAAAAUGAUCAGAUUAUAGGAAUAGAGUGUGAAAGAAAGGUGAGAGGUUAGGAAAACAUGGUUUAGAAGUGAAUAGCAGAGUGUGCAGUUAAGUUUACCAUACAGAUUCUCAAGCAAUGUACCAAAUAUGAACAAUGCUCUGUCUACAGUUUUUGGGUGAUGAAGUGGUUCACUAAUUUGUUAUUUGA